AACCGGGCAUGAAAAGAGUGAACAUAUCAGUCACUGUGCAGCAGAAUAAACACUAUUACUAUGCAAAUGUUAUUCUUACAAGUUUUUACCUCAGCAGCAGCUAUGAUGAGAUGAAUGAAUCAGUUCUGGGAGAGAGAGAGCGAGAGUCAGGUCAAGUUCAGCAGGGAGGAAAGUACAGCUCAGGUGUCAAGGUGAGCGUGCGGGCACAAACGAACGUGUGAGCACUGGGGAAAUGUGAAUUCUCGUCAUCAUGAGAAGAUAACAAUAGUUCAGUUAUUUAUGUGAGGAACUGCACCACCUGCAAGUAUCCUUCCAACAAUGCAACACAGAAAUAGUCUCAUUUUCACACACCGACUGCCAGCCCGCCUUUUAAUUAAGAUUUAGGCUGAAAUGUGAACGACAUGUUGAUCGCUGACUGCAUGUAUCCCACAGCCGUGACGUAUGACAUGAUUUAGGGUCUAUAUUCAGCGUGCUUUAAAUGAGGCAGUUCAUUUUCAGUUCUUCAUGAUUUUUGCACCUUCCUUUGGCACCUCGUGCCUGUGAUUUCUUCCUCCACAACACAUUACGCUCAUCACUACCUCACUCCUCAUUCCCUCCUUCUCUCCUCUUCUCAUCUUUCUUUUUGCCCCCUGUCUAUAAUUGGAUUCUAUUUUCAGGCUGCUAUAAGUGUCUGUGUCUCUUGUGUUUGUGUCUCGCACCCCAUUUUCUGUCUCUCCUCCAUCAUCACCCUCUGUUCUUAUCGUUCCCAUCGCUCUCUCCAUCUUUCCGCCGCUGUGUAAAGCCACUCCUCUUCAUUCCCUUUUCUUCUGUUUUGCCCACAAACUGUUUCAUUUCAGCAAAACCAUCCAUUACCCUUUUUUUAUCCUUUCAUUUGUGACAGUUAAAUAUGAUGGAUAGCACACUAAAAGCCUUAUGCAAAAUUGUGUUAGGUGAAGUAAUGCGAAGCAGAGUAAACUCCACCUAACUGAUGUGAAUAGCUCUCUCAUGACCUAAUUCUGGUAGUCUGGGUUACACAGCGAUCUGAGAGAGGAGGAUAUAUUUAGGGAGUAAAAAAAGAUAUUAAAAAAGAGGAUACAGGAUACUGUAGAGCCCCAGAACACAGAAAUAAUGCACGCAUAAGUAAGUGACAUAGGAUGUGUCACACACCUUCAUGUUUGUAAGAAAGGCAGUGAGCCAAUUAAACAGCAUUUAUAAAGAGGAGGAGUGGAAAAUGAGGGACUGACAGAGGGAGGGAGUCGUACUGUAGGACUUGGUUGGCUGUUGGGAUGUCUCUAGAGGUGCAGCAUGUAUUUAAAAGACGAAAAUGACUUAGAGAGAAAGGAGGAGAGGCUAUCAGAGAUGGAAAAAGUUGACUGACGAGUAGAGGAAAUGGGGAUCUCUCAUCAGCCCAAAAAGCCCUCAUCAGGAAGGCCUGGAAGCUGCAAAACCUUGGCCCUUGCGCCUCGACGCGGUCACGUGGCGCAUAACCGCUCCACGCCCGUGCGGACAGUGCACAUCCGACCACUUUCCGCGCGAAACACACCCCCACGCAAACAGCACGCUCCGACCGCACAGACACGCAAGGUGCACACACAUCUGACGCACGCACACAGGGCAAGCUCACAGUCUGCACACUGCUGCCCGACGCAGCCCCAUGAGCAGUACACAGCACACAGCGAUCACUCAGGCUGCACCUUCUACUGCUAUUUCUGCUACUGCUGUUACUGCUGCUGCCUCACAUUGCUCUCUUUCUCUCUCCUCCUCCUCCUGUUUCCACUUCCCAACGCUCCUCCUUCUGCCUCCUUCUCCACUUUGUCAUCAAACACCACCCCUCCUCCUUCCUCCUCCUCCUCCCCUUCGCGAUCAUCACCUUCCUGUUUGGACGAACUUUCCUGUAUCUACCCUGACGUCAACCUGACUUCUGCUGUGUCCCCCUACUGCCCUGUGCCACCUUGUCUCAUCUCUGACGAUUCCUUCCCUCUCUUCUACAUCUCAUCUCCUGACCCCACCACUUCUGAACAACUCACCCCCUCUUGCCACGGCUCCGCUCCUCCAUCUUCUUCUUCUUUUCCUGUGACCUCUGACUCCUUCUCCCCUCCACACCAACCUAUCCUGUGCCGGCCGUGGCCCUCUUCGCGCUCUCUUUCAUCCCUGCUCCUCUGCCCUCCCAGCUUUGGGGACCCAGUCUUAUCCUAUGCAUCCACUUUGGAGCACAUCCCCUCUGGCCCAGCCCGGCCUCGGACGCUGCUACGCCAGCAGAGUCUUCAGCAGCCUCUCAUCCACCCGUCAGGCCCCGGUCUCAGCCAUCCUCCCACCACAUCCCAGAGCUUGGGACAAUUACACACUGCACCUGGACAGCCUGGGGGAGGUGGGGGUGCUGGGAGAGGAGAGGGAGGUGGCAGCGGUGGUGAGGGUGGGGGUGCAGGUUCACGAGGUGGUCCCCGGGGUGCACGGGGAAGCCCCUCAGGAUCAGGUGCCUCUCGCUAUAGGGGAGGUGGAGCAGGAGGGCGCUCACGUGCCAGUCCUGGCAGCUGGGAUUACAUGAUGGACCAGAUCCGGAAUCGAGGCCUGGACGUCAAGUCCUUCCUGGGCAACAAGCCAGCUAACAGCCCCAAGGGUCAACCCCCUGAUGCUGACGGUCACUCCUCCGUCACUGACCUGGCCAACUCUCUCACUGGAGACAUGGUGAUGCUGUCUCCAGGGUCGGAGGAUGAUGACGGUGAAGGGCCUAUCAGUGAGAAGCUAGGCCGGAUCCAGUUCAGCAUAGGCUACAGCUUCCAGAACACCACUCUCACCGUCAAAGUUCUCAGGGGCCAGGAACUCCCGGCCAAGGACUUCUCCGGCACCUCCGACCCCUUCGUCAAGAUCUACCUGCUGCCUGACAAGAAGCACAAGCUGGAAACCAAGGUCAAGAGAAAGAACCUCAACCCCCAUUGGAACGAAACCUUCCUGUUUGAAGGCUUCCCUUAUGAGAAGGUGAGAGAGCGCACUCUUUACCUUCAGGUGUUGGACUACGACCGCUUCAGCAGGAAUGACCCCAUUGGAGAAGUGUCAAUCCCCCUUAACAAGGUGGAACUGGGCCAGAUAAAGACCUUCUGGAAGGAGCUCAAGCCCUGCAGUGAUGGCAGUGGGAGACGGGGAGACCUGCUGGUGUCACUCUGCUAUAAUCCCACUGCCAACACCAUCACUGUGAACAUCAUCAAAGCGCGCAAUCUCAAAGCCAUGGAUAUCGGGGGCACCUCAGAUCCAUAUGUGAAGGUGUGGCUGAUGCACAAGGACAAGCGUGUAGAGAAGAAGAAGACGGUGACGAUGAAGCGCUGUCUGAACCCUGUCUUCAAUGAGUCCUUCCCCUUCGAUGUCCCCGCCCAUGUGCUGAGGGAGACCACCAUCAUCAUCACCGUCAUGGACAAGGACAGGCUCAGCCGCAAUGACGUUAUCGGCAAGAUCUAUCUAUCGUGGAAGAGUGGACCAGCGGAGGUGAAGCACUGGAAAGACAUGCUCGCUCGGCCGCGUACUAACGUCGCCCAGUGGCACGCUCUCAAGGCCUGAUCGCACCGCCCAGCUCCCUCCAUGGCCCCUUCCCGUCUCCUACCCCGCUCCCACUCCUCUCUCCCGUCCCCUCCUCCCACUCCCGUCCUUAUGCACAAGACUGACUUGCUGCCAGGCUGCGAAACACGGGUACAAUUAGCCAUCUGCUCUAUUAAACCUUUAAACUCCUUUCUUUCAAAAUCUCUACUCCUCUCCGACUCUUCUCUCUUCUUCUCUUCCCAACUCUCAUAUAGCCGUGUCUUAAUUUCUAUGUCUCACCACUUUGCCAAUGGUCCCCCUGUUUCUGACUGUCUGUAUGUCUGUCUGUCCUUAUGCACUUUGCCUGUGGAGGUCUGAUGUUCAGUUUCUUUGUCGACCCCUUGGUUCUGAACUGCACUGCAGCCCCUGACCCAUUUAAGGUGCCAGUCCCGUGGGAUCACAGAGAACCUUAAAUAACGAUCUAAUCUCAUAUAAUCCUACUGUAUGACUAUUCCAGGUACACAAUGCUAUACAGUAUGUACUGUAUGUACAUAUACAUAUUAAUAUAUUAGGCGUAUAGAUUGGCAGAACUCCCCCUAUACACAUGACUAGUAUACAGUAUGUUAUCCAUAGCCUGUCUGCUGUUUCCCUUCUCUCCUCUCUCUUCAUUUGUCACCUCGUCUUUGUCAUCUAUCUUAAGUGUACAAUAUCCUGUCCCCCAUCUCAGUCCUCCCUACUUUAACUCAAAAGUGGUUUAAUGUUCAGCUGAAGUUGUCGAAAGCAAUCAAUACUCCGUUUGUGAUGAAACCAGCUGAACUCAAGAUGGAAUUGUUGAUACUGCUGUCUCCCUCCCUCCCUCCUUCCUCUUCUCUAUGCUCUUCUUUUUUUCCUCCUUAUUGUUCCCUCUUUCUCUUCCUCUGGCACAAUAUUAGUGAAUCCCUCCUUUCUGGACCCCCACCCCCCUUGUCGUCUGUGUGCUGUGGGUGCUGUGCUGUAGCUCCAACAAAAAUAGAGAUUAAAAAAAGAUAAAUAAAUAAACUGAACUUUCCGAUGUUGGGAAAGCGGGAACACAAUAAACUCAUGAAAUGGAUCGCUCCUGAUUUUUCCAGACAAAAAAGCCCUGACAUGGAGAGAGAAAAAAGAAGAUGUAAAAAAAAAAAAAGUUCCCCAAGAUACGAUGAUGUCAUUUUUCACAGCAUCACCAACUGAGGAAACCAAUUUAAAUCUUCUUCCAAUGUUAAGAUGAAAACAGAAGCAAAAAGCAAAGUUUGUGCUGUUGGUGCACACGCAUUCAGUUGUGUGUGCACACUUCUGUCUGUUUAUCGAAGCUUUGAAUUCUUUGUGCUGCCCUGUGCUCUUGUUUUGUGCUGACGGGGGUCGAUCCCCAGCAGUUUUGACUGCUGCGUUACUGCUGUGUGCCUGCGUGCGCGUGUGUGUGUGUGUGUGUGUGUGUGUGUGUGUGUGUGCGCGCGCUUGCGUGCGUGCGUGCGUGCGUGUUCACAGGAGCAACACCAAUUCAGACUCGGCAGAAAUCUUCUUCUCUUUUCUCUUUCUCAUCUUGCGCUCUUCUUGCUCUUCUUACUGCCAUUGUUUCCCCAUCCUCCUUUACUGCCCUGCCUUCUGAACGAGGGCACGGGGAAGUUCUAUCUGCACUUUUUGAAAAUGUAAUAACAAUAAUAACGAUGAUGAUAGUUUUAAUGAUGAUUCUAGUACCGGUGAAAAUUAAGGGAGGAGUACCUGAAAGGGUGAGCAGCAGUUGGGGAGAGGCGAUGUCCUCUCUGUGAUUUCAGGGUUUGGAGAUGAAGUGGAGGACACAGAGGAUGGAUGUAGGGCUCUCAUCCUCCUCUCUUUGUUCCUCUUGUUUUCCUCUAUAUACCUGUGCACAAUGUGUUGCUCAACAGCAGGUAUGGUCGGAGCUCUAACCAAGAGUCUGUCUGCUUCUAUGUGAGUCCAUGAGGCUGAACAAUAGGUUGCAUAUCUGGGAACAGUCAGACAGACAGAUGCGUUUUUUUUUUUUUUUUUGCUUUAACACGGAAAGCGAAACAAAAUAACAAGGCCUUCUCUGCGUUCUUGUUGUUGUUCCCAGAACCUACGAAUGACUGUGCAUCACAGAGAGUGGGUGUGAUAUUAGAUGAUGGUCUGAUCUGCCACUGUGAGAUACUGUAGAAGCAGAUUAGACAUUAUCUCUUCCCUGAGUGCUUGAGAGCACCACAGAGUGUACUGGUAGCUGCCCUGCUUGUCAGGCGCAUUCAGCUCAGCUCGAUAUUUCUGUAACGUAAAUAAAACAGUCAGAAAGCAGCAACGUGAAUACCGUCAGCCAUUAAGAGCCACUCACACAGGCAUCUGCUCUUCCUUAGUGUACUCUCUACUGUAACUGUCUGUCUGGGUUUUUACAUUCUUAAAGACCUGUGAAGCAUAAUCCUGUUGGUAAGUCAGUUUUUUUUACUGCAGUGGCUUAGUUUUUAUUUCUAAAUGAGGACUCGCCCUUCAAAUAUCUGUCAGGUUAGACUGAGCAAGCAAAUCCUAACAGCUGAUUGUUUUCUGGCUGAGACAUUAGUGCUGGCCCCAUCAAAAUCCAUGCUUGUUGGUCCUGCAGUGGAUUUUAUUUUCUCUUGUCUGGCUAUAAUUUGAUAGUGUCUUGUAUUUUGAUGCUUGUUUUGAUUUAUGCCAAUGAUAACCUGAUCACCAUUCACCACUGAGAAACUGAAAGAUAGUGUAAUUGUAGUCCAAUCUACACCGGGUUAGUCUCCUGUCCAGUGUCUCUGUAAGCCAGUCUGGGCCGCACACAGCGUGCUGUAUGUGUGUUCUGGAAAGUGUGCUUCGUGUGAGCCUCGGUGCUGGCUGCUGCGAUGCACUGAUCCAGUCCAGCACCCUUCAGAACAAUUGGCCAGCUGUGGAACAGGGCCCACUGUUUUGACAGCCACUGCCUGCAUUGUCACAGCACAUUACACUCCCAUUAGGUGGUCAGAAAGGAGCAAUAUCUGCUUCCUUGGACCUGGGGGACACACUAUUUGCAGAAGUAGUACUUGCUAAGAAUAAUAGAAAACAUGUAGCACCGUCUGUCAUUAGUUACCCUGAGAAUGAUGGGCAGGGAUAAAAACUCGUCAAAAUUAGGAACAUAAUUAGUGGGCGAUCGCUGCUGCUCAAGCUGUGAAAACCAAAUGUGGUUUGAAUGUGCAGGUGUGCAGGUGAUGAGUCAACACAAUACCUCUGCCAUUUCCUUUCACCAGGAUUACAUCCUGCUCAAGGAGUGAUAAAUUACUAUGCUACUUUGGUUUACAAUGCUUCGUCAUCAGUAACCCUGUAAACUGGGGGAUAUGGCUUUAUUUUUAGUAGCAUGAGGCAGAGUGAGAUGCCACUGAUCCUCCAGGUAGACUGGAGGGUGGGAGUGCUUUGGGAUACAGACUCAUCUUAAAUGUUUCUACAUGUAAUUUGUUUAUCCCUUGUGUUUUGUUGACAUUGGCUUUUCUUCCCCAUAGUUUGGGGUCCAAUAGACCUGAGUGCUGUAUAUGUAAACAUAAUAAUAAUUGCUAAAUCAACCUUUCUCUUUUGUUCUGACCUUACUAAACCCCAGUAUGUAGAUAAGCAGUAACUAUUCCUUUUGCCAUAAACUGAGCUUGCACAUUUGACACACUGACCAUAAAGCAUUGUUUUAAAACAAAUAAGGAAAUAUUUCAUGUUUUAUAUGGAAUGUAUAUAUAAAUAUGCAGUAUAUUCAUUUGUUUUUUUGGAAAGAAAUUUACAAUCAAAGAGUACAAAUACAGAGGUGUCAAAAUUUGUCUAGAUAAAAACACACUACAUGAGCAGUCAUGCUCAAGGUCAUGAAUCUUCCAUAAAGGUAACUAGUACCUCUAAAAAAUAGCAAGAAAUAUGCCAUAUACAAAGUAUAUGAAAUGUAUGGUUGACUCAAGACUUCAUUGGAUGUUUGAGACAUUAGCUCCCUUUUCAAAAUUUCAAAAUCAAACUUUAGAAAACAAAGUGUUACAUACUUCAUCAGAAAGAAAGUUUCACACUCCAUAAAAUAAUCAGGAGUCCCAAACAUUAUGUUCUGUCACUGCCAGCAGUCAAACAGCAGCACCAUUAAAACGGAUAGUGAGCUCAGAGCCAAACAGUAUAAAGGAGAAAGCAAUUUCCAAAUCCCAGUUUUAUUAUACUGCCACCUGUCUCACGCCUCUAAACUUAUUGCGUUUUGUUGGCACCAACACUGUCAGCAAUGACCUUCAACAAUCCUGAGCUCAUGAAUACGGCAUGGCAGCGUUGCAGAUGCUCAGUCAAGACUUUUUUUUUUUGCUCCACUCGGUGCACUUGCUCUCCUUGUGUCCAAUCUUUCGUCACUGCUCCGCUCCCUGGUGAAGCCAACUGGUAGCUGCAGGUGUGGAUAAUUACAGUUUGAUUCUUGAGCUUUAAUUCAAGUUGACAGACACAGCCAACACUGCCCACAACUUUGCCACCGAAUAAAGGCUCUCAAAACGGACUUUUUGGUUACAUAAAUGAUACCUUUCCCCAGUGUAUUCGAUAUCUAUCCCGUCACUGUUCAGUCUGUGGAGUAUUGGAAAGUUUCUGCAAAUGUCUUUUGCAUUAAAUGCCAAUUUGUGUUUUGGCUGCAUGACUAGGGAUGGUAAUGUUGUUCUGUCGGCUGGUCGGCCACUUUUGUCCGGACUGAAAUAUCUCAGCAACUACUGGAUGGAUUCCCAUGAAAUAUUGGACAGAGAUUCAUGGUCCCCAGAGGAUGAGCCAUACUGAGAUUGGUGACUUUACUUCUGGCACCAAAAUGAGGUUGACAUUUUUUGUUUUUAGUGAAUAAUGUUAACAACUAUUGGAGUGACUGUUUUGAAAUUUGGUAAAGACAAUCAUUUCCCCCCUUAGGAAUUAUAAUAGCUUUGGUGAUCCCUUAAUAUUUUCUUGAGCGCCAUCCUGGGGUCAAAAUAUUGAUUAGUUCAAUACUUUGGUUCACGACCAAAUACUUGCAAAACUAAUGACAUUCAAAUCAGACUCAGCUGUACUUUGUAUUUAGAGCUAAUUAGCAAAUGUUAGCAUGUUAACACGCUAACCUAAUAUAGUGACUGUGGUAAACAUACCUGAUAUACAUCAAUAUUGUCAUAGUGCGCAAGUUAGCUUACUGAUGUUAACAUGUGGUUCAAAGCACUGCUGUGUCUCAGUACAGCUUUACAGAGCUGCUAUCAUGGCUGUAGACUCGCAGUCCUGUUAUCAGUCUGUGUCGCUGGACACAUCCAUCUCCUGGACUCCAUCUUCUUUGAGAUGUUUAUUCCUGGGUGUGUUCCCCCAAAUUUAUCAUCGUCACCCGCAGCCUUCACUUCUCUGUUUACUUUGUAAAUAACUGAAAGCUUUAUUGGCUGAAGGGGUUGCACCUGUUUGCCAAGGGAUUAGCAAGAUAUUCUUCUGAGGCUGUUGAUAUUGUUUGUCCUUGUCAUACUCUCAGCCCUGUUCUUUCUUCACUAGUUUUCCUUGAUGGAUAUGGCUUUCUUAAGAUGAGCGUCAAUGACUCACUCUGUUGGAAAGCUGCCUGCUUUGCUGUAGUUUGUGCAAUAUUAAAUUAAGGGUACCCUGUACUUUAAGAGUUGGGGAACUUAAGGUGUGUGUGUGUGUGUGUGUGUGUGUGUGUGUGUGUGUGUGUGUGUGUGUGUGUGUGGUGUGUGUGUGUGUGUGUGUGUGGUUUACAAUCAGGCUGAAGGAACCUCAUCCUGGAGGCACUGCAGUUGAUGUUUUAUUCUGCUGAAUCAUAUUAUGACGACUGCGGCAGCCCAGAAGUCUUCUGGGUCACCUUUGUCAUUGUGUGCAGUCGGUCCCUGUGUGAGUCUCGCCCUGCGCAGACAGACCUCACCUCCCCUAACUCACCCUUUCAAUUGUUUUAAGCAUCUGGUGAAAACCAAUGUGACUUCUCCUAAUCAGGGUUCAAGUAAGCAUUAUUUGAAUGGUAACAAAAUGAAUAUGAAAAACAAUAAGUAAUAAUAUCUUUUUUCUUUUUGUUCACAUUUGACUGUUGGUCAGUGUGUAUGUAUGUGUGUGCUUGGUGUUCUUGUGUUUGGGUUUAUUUCUUUACAACAACGUGAUAAGAAAAUCUUUCUGUUUUUGAAAACUUUAUGUAAAUAUUGUUGGUGAAAAUUAACAUUUGUUGUACGCCGAGUUUUCAUUUGUCACUUGAAAUGAUGAAGAAAACAAUGAUAUUCAUGAAUAACAGUGGUGAUGUUGAUGAUGCUGAAGCUGAUUAUACCUGCCCUUCUUGAAUAAGGGCUUUUGAUGUCCGCUGUAUUUUUGUUGGAGGUGUCGUGAGGUCAGGGCAAGAGAAACAAAGGGAAGGAGUGAUACCCAACACAUCCCAGGCCCACUGUAGCAACACUGCCACAUACCUUACCCCACCACCCCAACCCCCCAUCCCCCAACCCCCCAAAACACACACACACCUCCAGGAAAUAGAUGAUGUAGCCUGUGUUAUUUAUGCCAUAAAACAUCUUUGUAUUUUUAUUACAACCAGCGUGUUCCCUGGCUGUGUGAGGGGAUUGUUCACCUCCCUGUGGAGUCAAUCUGCCCCGGUCGCUUGGCAUCACAUCUCACCCUGUCUGCUUAUAGGCUUGGGGAUUUACUGUAAUGCCAUUGUGUUCGACGGGAUUGGCCCUGUACUGACACUGAUGAUGCCUUCCUCAUUGAAUUUGGAGUCACUAUUGCUUUGCCGGAGGCCAUGCGUGGGGAUGGGCAUGUAUGUAGGAGGGAGUGGGAAGGACGUAUACCUCCCGUCUGACCCUGUAAAGGGAAUUCGCAUGCUUGACAGUCUGACUCUUAUUUGGGGUUAGACUCGUGAUUAAGCACAACUGACUGCCGUGAACUCGCCACAUAAUAGGCCCGUCUCUUGCUUAGUCAGAUAUUUGUAAGAACUCUCAAACUCCAGCAAGAAAACCCCAGUCUUAGUGUGAGAGCCAAACUAUGAACCGCCAUAGUGGAAUUAAGGGGUUUUAAUCAUCAAUAUAAAGUGAGCGAGAAUAAGCUUGAUCUUUCCAAAUGUCCAAAAGAUGCCCUGUGCCUUCUCAAGAGACAUAGCCCUCUGCUGCAUCCAAAAAUUAAAAAAACAUGCACAGGGCUGUAGUCCAGCUAUUUUCACUGCAGGUGUCUGUGCGCCCACUUCCCUAUUUUCCAUAUGCCAUAGCCUUACGUAUCUGGCUGGGCCUGUGUACAGUGCAGGGAUGGAGCUUAUCAGUUUCAUAUGACUUUUCGGACUGUCCUCGCCUCAGACCCGAUACGAUACAGCAGAUACUCCCAGCAGCCGUGUGCAGGAAGGACAGUGGAUACAAUCCUGUCUUCAUUUGUAAUACCAUCCUCCUACUCCCUCUCACGGGGGUCACAAAAUACACACACGCAAACAAUCUGCCGUUUAUUGAUGCACUGAAAAUAAAUUCUGACUAUUUUCCCUAAAUCCAGAUCCUUCAGAAUAUGUAAUUGUCUUUCGUUGCUGGUUGUAAAUAGACUUUGUGACUGAGUUAGAGCAGCCUCUAACUCCUGCCAUAAUGUGGACCUUGUUUUGAUCAGGUAGGUAAUAAGCAAUACACUUAAUUGAUCUUUAACGCCAUACUUUGAAAUAUUACUUACCGAGUCUGAUUGAGACUCCUUUGCAUUGAGGGAUGUCGAGGGUAACACUCCUGUUUCUUCACCUCUUUUCUCAACUUGCCACGGCUCACCUCUUCAACAAAGAGCGCUCUAACUUAAAACACACAAUUGUGAUGUGUACAAUCUAAUUUAAUGUAUUUAUUUAUGUAUUUUUGCCAACUUUGUAUAGUGUAUAAAUAUCUAUAAAUAUAUGAAAAAUGACAGUACUGUAUAGAUUUUAGCUGCCUGGUAAGGUUAAUAGUAUAUACUUGGUAGACUAAAAGAAAAAGCGUAGAGCUGUUCAAAAGCCAGUUACUGACAAAAUGCUUUCUGUAAAACCCGGUGCCACUGGCUCUUUUUAUAUUCUAGGUUUCGUUUCUGGUUUAUUUUUUUAUUAUAGCCAGUGGGAUCCAAAGUGUGUGUUGUUCUUCUUUUUGUCCGUUUGUUAAUCGGUUCGUUUGUUGUUUUUUCUUGACAAGACACAGCGAGGUUCUGGCAGCCAGGAGAGUGCAGUGGAACGCAGACUGGGACCCUGUGCAGUAGUGUGUGCGUGUGUGUGUGUGUGCGUGUUAGGUGUGUGUCCGUCCAUGGUAGUGCUAGUGCUCUCUGUGCAGUGCCUCCUCCCCUCCCCUCCUCCCUCCUCCCCUCCCCUCUCUGAUGUAGUUUGUCAUGUGACGCAGUGUGUGUUAAGGUGCAGGAUGACUGUGUUUGCUGAAGCUGGCAGAUGUCCUCUCUCUCUUUCUCUCACUCGCUCGCUCGCGCUCUCUGUGUCUCCCCAUUUACACCCUGCUUCUUCAUUACAACGCUUUGUUUUAAUCCUCCACCGGGUAUAGAUUUCCACUUCCUCUGCUCGAUUGUUCAUUUACUCUCCCAUUCAGCAGGUAAUGCAUACACCUACCAGUCUAAUUGCCCAGUAAUCCAUGCUUUCUCAUCUGUCUGUGAUUCUUUGUCCAUUAACAGUGCUCAUCUGUCACCCACCCACAUCACCGUAGAGCACCUUGUUUUUCUGCAGAGCUCUGUGGACCAGAGAAUGAUUUAGCACAAAAAAAGAGGGGAUUCAUGCAACUCAUCCCUGGUCAUACCUUCAUGGUUUUCCCUUUUGCGAUGUUGUGCUGCUUCCCUCCUCUCGUUACAGACUCUGAGGAGAAGGGCAGCUGCUAGCUCAGCACACAGAAACACAAAGCAGCCAUAUUCAAAAGUCAAGCACAGACCUGUGACUCAAAUCUAUGUUGUGGUGGCUUCACUGCCGCCCCGUUUGUAGCAAGAGCAAGAGAAUAGCCUUAAAGAUUGGACCAACUACACAAAAGAAGUAGUGGGAUAUGUGCAUUUGUAGUGGAAUAUUAUUACCUUCCCUUUCCCACACCAGAUUUAUUACUCAGUAUUCCGAUGUGUUGCUUGGUUGCUCUGUACAUAUCUGUGUAGUGCUUCUGUUGAUGUCCCUGUAUUAGGAUAGUAACGGGUUCUUACUGGGCGGCCUCCGCAGACGUCCUCUCCCUCCUGCCUCGUCUCAUUUCCUCCAAAACUUCAAACAUUCCAUUUGAAUCUCAAGUGAGCGACAUUUUAAAGUUGAUUAGACCUCACGCUGCCUGGGAGUAAAACAGCAGAAGGACUGAACCACAGACAUUUCCACUGGAGCCAUGAUAAUAACCAAGACGUCUUGUCUGUGCUCACGUCCCUCUGAGAAAUCACAAACCUGCAACUGACAGCACACUCAGCAUAAAGACCCUCGCACGCGCCCCUUUGCUCCUCCAGACCCGCCUCCGCGCCGACUGCACCUGGCUCUGAGAGGUCAAUGGGUCAAUGACUGGUUUGAGGAGCCACUGACCUCCCGGGGGGGAGAGAAGGGUGAGGUAGGUGAGGAGGUGGGAGAGCCCUGGGAGGUGGCAGAGAGGCGUGUCUCUGUGGGUCACAUCCUGGGUCAGGAGGGAAGGGAGCGAGGGCGUCUCGAGGUCAAACCCAGUAGCACUUUGGUUGUGCGUUCCAUGUUUUUUUAGCCUCUCCUGUUUUUUGGCCGAGCGGACUGUGAUCUUACUGAUUGAUUUUCUCGUUCUCCUCCACCCAUCAGUGUUACAGAGUGUGUUGGGUGGACGGAGCCAUGGAGCUGAGCUCUGAUUUUGUUCCAUAUUAAAGAAUCAUUUUUACUA